CGCAGUGAAUUUUCCGCUCUCCGUUCGUACGUUAUUAUUUUUCAUUGCUCCCGACGCCUUGCACAAUCGGUACCGACGGCACCUAGCAAGCAGGGCGAGCUCGUUUGGAAAAUUCGGAAAUAUCGAAUCACUGCUACGUUUGUGGUGUGUUAAAUGGUGCAGGCGAAACACUAGGCACAGCACAGGACGGCCUGCCGUACCGACGUUUUCCGUGCCGUGCGGUGCAACUAUUUCGGCCAAACGGCUGCUAGAGUUUCGGUUUCUGCAAUGGUGCGUGUGUGGUGAUGUGGCGCUAGAUAGAAAGGAUCGCAUUUUGUUAUGCAUGUGUACGGUAUAGUGCGGUAUUAGCCGAGCGCAAACCUGAAUCGAGGUAAAAGGCAAAUGUUGGUCAGUACACGGAGAUUCGUGCAAAAUAUUGCGUAGAGCAGCAAACGACACUGCUACUGCUGGUGGUACUAUCUUUCUACCCAGCUUUCCAAGACCAUCGUCUUUUUAGCUAGUAAAGCAAGAAAUAAUAACCGACGUUUCAGUACGCAUUAAAAGUAGCAACAAAAAAAACUUCAAGUUAAAGUUUCGCUAGAUUGAUCCACUGUUUCAUUUCCACGGCCUAAAAGCCUGGCCUGGAAAAUCCUUCAAGCGAACGCAUAUACACACUCCCAUGCACUCACACACGCACACGCAUACACACAUGGUUCAAACUACACGCGCGCGCAUACACCCGCAACACAGGCAGUGGCUGUAGGCGCGCACCGUAGCACGACAGGAAACGGAUGCUUGUUUUGCUGUAGAAUAUGGCCGUAUUCCGGAAGUUGACGAGUGCAGAAGGAUAGAGGCACAAUCAGGCACCACGCGUCUCCAUCCGGUGGUCGGCCAUCAAAACCACUCGGUCAAGCGUUAUCCACGCUACACAUCCACCCAAUCAAACGUCUACCAACCAACCCAACCGAUUCAGCAAUACAACUCGCACGUAGCAGUAGCGGCCACCUCCAGUGCCACUCGAGUACCUAAGGAGGACGGGACACUUGCCGGUACCCAGUAACCUCCAUUCAGCAACACUUCCAUUUGCUGCGUUUCGUCUACUUCACGAACGGAGGUUCGAAUUUCUGGUAGGCGCCCGUCGCCCCAAACACAGCCCACGUGCCGCAGCGAGGACGAAACCGGUCGACGCGAGCCGUCAGCUCCAGCCGGACUACGAUGGAUGCGACGGUGGAUGGGCGAGUGCCGCCGGACGUACCGGCACCAGGCAGAACGAACUCUGGUACGGUCGGGAACUCGCAAACGCUGCAGCAACACAACCAAAACUGUCCACAUAUGCCGCAGCAGGACCUACACCAACAUCAUCAGCCACACCAACAGCAGCAGCAGCAGCAGCAGUGGAACUUGAUGGACAACGCACACGCCAGUCUCCCCGGUGCCAUCCAGCGAAAGUCACGCACCAACGACCGAAGUAAAGAGCGGUCGGGACACACCGAACCACCGACCGGCCCGUUGGAGCUGGACAGUGGACACUACGGCGAUGACGGUGGAGGACCUAAAGGUGGCAAAGGUCCAUCCGAUAAGCUUGUGGUGCACCUCAUCAUUGGCUUCCGUGAUAUCUGUGUGUUUACACUAGUGCUACCGCUUGGUACCUUGUUCGUUUGUUUCGUCUCCGCUUACGUCUUCCAGCCAGAGGAAAUCCACGAGACGCACUGUCGGGUGUACAAUAUUAUACCGUCAAUCAGUGCCAUCACUGGCGUUAGCCCGCAGCGGUACCUGUGGCGUGUGUCGAUUGCACUGCACAUCGGGCCACGCUUCAUCAUUGCCUUCGUCUACCGGAACUGGUACCGUGCCAUGGUGGCCGGACUUAACGAUCCAGGCCGCAUGUCGAAAGCCUGCCGGAUGAUCAACAUCGUCUACUGGCUGAAUCUGGUCGAAAUAAGCGCCCUCUGCGGUGUAACGUACAUCUCCAACAAGGAAAACUAUCCACUGCACGAGAAGGUGUUUAUCAUCUUCAUGACGACCUCACUGUCGUACAUGCUGGCAACACUGAAGCUGCUAAAGCUGCUGCAACCGGACGGGCCACAAACGCCGUACGAGGAGUCAUCGUUGCGCUACAAGCAAGCGUUUUUUGCCCUCUCGAUUGCCAGCACGGUUGGUUUGAUACUGUUUUUCCUGAAGCAUCGAUUCCUCUGCCAGGAUCUCGCAUUCAGCUGGUUCGCACUGUGCGAGUACAUCGUGGCGUCCGCCAACAUGGGCUUUCACUGCACCACCAUGCUGGACUUUCCGACCGAGCACUUUCUGAUUGCCAAAAAUGCGAAGCAGUACAAGAAGCAGCAGACAUCGCUCGGCUGGAAGGUGGACUGAGCGGCGUAAACGGCGACCCUAGCGCGACCCGGGCACGGUGUACACAACCAUGCAGCGGUUAACGUUUGUUUGUAUUGUUUGGUUUUUGGGUUAUUGAUAUUUGUUCGUCUCGAUUGUUGUUGGCGGUGUUGGUUUUGUGGCGCGAUCCCCCGUAUGCGUACUAAAAAAGACGGCAGCCAUUUUGACCGUUUUUGCACUACCUGUUUUUUUUUUCUUUCAGUCCCCAUUCAUACUAUCUCACAAUCAGGUGCAACUUCACUUUUGUGUAGAUGUAUGUGUGUGAGUGAGAGAAAUUCAUCAGAACCAACGCCUAAGCAGGGACGGUUGGGUUGUGAGAAUUUAACUGUUCAUGCCUAAACAAAUGUUAUCCGGUAAUGGUAAACGAGCACGACGAGCGAACACGGUUUUUAAGUGCAUACAAAGAAACGUAUAUAGGUAUCGAUUUAAUAAUAUACUAUAAAUUUAUAUAUUUGUAUACAUAUAUCAACCAACACAGCCUGCAAAAGUAUAUGUAUAUAAAAAUAUACUGUUGUAUUGUUUAUUAUUACAUCGAUAGAUUGUAUAUCGAGUGAAGAAAAACUAAAACACACACACACACACGCAUACAUGCAGACAAAAAUAAUUAUUUAAACAGUCUCAUCCAACCACAUGUUGAAGCAAACUUAUGUGUAUAUAUAUACAUAUAAAUUACCAGAUAAAUUAACGAUUCAUACCUAUUUAUAUAUAGAUAUAUAUAAAUAUAUGUAUAUGACAAGAAUGGGAAGUAUUGCGGCGAUGGCCAAGUCACACGCCUGGAAGUCGCCGGACGGCGUGGUAAAGUGUGCAGGUGUGCAGGUGAGAAGAAAAUAGCAAAUGGUGUUUUACGGUGAUCAGUAAAAACAAAAAAAAAACACAACAAAACAAAAAACUACUAGAUGCUGUAUCAAAUCGAUACUUCUUUCAACAUCUGCCACUGCGUGUAGGCAGAGUGCGCAUAGUUAAUAACGUUCUGCAUCGUAUUCAGGGUAGCGGAAGAUCAAACAGCAGGGUUUAGUAGUACGGUUUGAUGAGCUCCUUUAGGUUAGGCGAUGAUGCAAUAGCUGAUAGCAAAACACUAUAUAUAUAUAUAUAAAUAUAUGGCCCCGUAUCGUACAGAAGCGGGUACCCUCUUUUCCAGCUCGCAAUUAACACUCUCCAGUAAAGGGGACAUCUCAGCUACACUAGUACCAUUUUAGUGGAAAACGUAGUCAGAGUCACGUUAGAUAGCGCAGUAAGUCACACAUCACAGGAUGUCCUGAAUUGGAAGUACUUCCCCCAAAAACACACACACACACACAGACACACGAAUACACACGCAUACAGCGAGACGCAGUUAAUACCCAAGGCCAAGUUAGUCAGAACGCUCCUAUACACAUGCAGGUGCACGAGCGCUCGUCGAUAGAUAUACUCUUCCCCACACUGAUACGUACAACUGAGGUUGCAAAAAAAAACAAGCGUAAACACACACAUAUCAAAUUUAAUCGGCGCAAUGAUACGAACGGUACGAAAACGAAAGAAUAUUCGCUAUACUUCUACCAUCUGCUCCCAUAUACGAGAAGUACCUAACAACUACAACAACAUCAGCAACAAAAAAAAAAAAACCAAGCUACUUUCCCGAUGAGAACAGCGAAACAUAUUGCGAUAGAAUGGGAAAGUUAGAAUACUUAACUUAAUUGAUACGUAAUGCAACGCACAAUUCAUAACUGAUGCUUCCCUACGGAAUGGGUGGAUUAAUACUUAAUGCUAAAUCGUUGAAGCGGAUCAUACGGUGUGGCGUCCGAAGGUUAGAGAUAUUCUUCCCCUUCCAUGUUAUCCUGCUCUUGCCAUGUACUGCACGUUAAACAAUUGUACGCUCAUUUUACCCAGAAGUGAUAUCUCGUACAACCCAAAAAAAAAACAUCAAGAACUUAACGUACUAACGCAUCUACCUGUUGCGUAGCACAUGCAGCGAUGCAUCACAUUCACACAUUACCCACCGGUUUAUGUCGGAGCAUUUUUCUUCUGUGCAUUUUUGUGCCGUAACUCCUUUGUUUCUAAUAUGUGAUCUUAGAAAAAAUAGGGACAGAUAGCUUAGUAAUUUAUCGAAAAAAAAAAUUUUUUUGGAAACUAGCAAGGACAUUGGCAGGUGAAAGUGCAAGUAAUUCAAGCAGAAGCUGCCGUUGAAGUUGUGUCUUGGUAAAUUAUAAGAUAUUUUUGACUCUAAAACAGCAAUGAUAAGCGUGGAAGCCGUGUAUUUCAUGUCUUCCACCAAGAAGAUAAGCAUCGACGACUCCAACAUCAUGUUGCCGAAGAACUUUCGGGAGUUCUUGCGAUAUAAUCUCAAAGUUUCUCCGUGAAGCUGUUGCUUUCAUCAGUGAGUAUCACGCGAAAAAGUCAUUUUUCGGUCGUGGUCGGAACUCCUUAAUGGCAAGAUAGGCUGUUUAGGGAUAAACAUUUGCCCAAUAGCCCUCAGAUGUGGCCAUCAGAAUUUUUAUAGACAAACCUCAAAUGGAACAUUUGGUCCAAUAAUUUUGAGGAGAUACCAAGAAAGAGUUUUUCGUUCGUCAAAUACACGAAAAAGGAGAAUCGAAAGCUAUCAGUUAAAUUUCGAGUAUUAUGCCAAUCGAAAUCUGCUCCUUUUUUUCUUAAAUGCAACGACAAGGAGAAGGUUUGAGUGCCUAUAAGUUCACCUUAUAUUCCCAUCACCUACCUGUUGCAUUUGCUUGCUUUUAUAACCCAGCAAACGUGGAACAAAACCCCGUAAUCUGUCGCGAAUCCUAACCGUAUUACAAACACGCGUUUAUGCGUGUGGGUGUAUGUGUGUGUGUUUGUGUGUUCUAAAGAUUUAUAGUGACGCUUAGAGAAACGUAGAAGCGGGCGUAGAGUCAUGAUCGAGCUCCACUUUACUGUACAUCCCAUCCCAGCAGCGGGUUUGGCGUAAACUAAGGCAACGAGAGAUAGUAUAAUGAUUUUUAAGUUUUUAUUUUUAACUCUAUCAAAGUCUAAUUCUAACGGAAAGCAAAAAGGUCACGAAACGCGAGCAAUGCGGAGCAGAAACGAACAACAAAGCGAACGAGAGUGAUGAGCAAAUAAGCAAACAAAGCAAAUAAACGAGAGGAAAAGGGAAAGAAAAAAGGUUACCUGGUAGCAACUGUAAGUGCAACUCACACACUCACAUAAACACACACAUGCACACACCCACACGUACACUAGAGAAAAUAGGCAGGAGAAGUUAGGAACUUCACUAACAAAAAUACUAAACAAAAAGCGAUGCUGAGGGUAAAGGAAACAAAAGCAGCUGAAGGAGAAAACGAGAAAUGUAAUGGGUGAUUAGCAAAUUAAUCUGAGCGCGUAGAACAAUUAACGCUAUAAGUGUAAGAUAGUAUACAGAAGUAAAAAAAAAACAACAAACAAAUACAAAUCUCUCACAAAUACAGUUAUAACUGGUGCGUAAAGAUAUAGAAAUGGACACUAAAGGAAGAAAUGGACAUGUACGAUGAAGAAAUGGCAGGUGUAUAAGAUCAACAAAAACAGUCAAACCACACACACACACAUACACAAAAGCGCAUUAAAAAAGAUUAACAUCGGAAAAAUCAUCUUUUAUGCGUAGUUAUGGUUUUCUGUAGCAACUGACUUUUUCGGCAUUUUUUUACCAUUCCUAAAUUUGUUUUUACAUAAACACACACACACGCACACACACAUAUAAUAACACACAAAUGCGAAUGUGUAACGUUUAACACUCGCACACACACACACUCAUACCAAAAAGGACUAAGCAAGCUGGGGAAAAUGUAUAACAGUGUAUAACAAUUGCAGCGAUUUAGGCGCACCGCAGGCGAAGUGCAAAGGAGGAAGUGUUUAUUAGUAACGAAGGUAAAUACAUGCGUGUAGUAUGGAAAUCAGGCAGUAUUGUUCGAUGUUAACUGGUGGUUUAAUGCGAUACAGGCUUAACAACGGUAACGGUAAGUGUCUGCGAUUGGCAAACACGCAGUAAUGCGAGCAAAGAAAGCAAAGAUCAUGAAAGCGGUACCUAAUGGCUUUCGUCUGCUUUGCCUCUUGCACCCGUAUCCUAAUCGCUUCUAAAAACAACACCUGGAAGGGUUUGAAACUGUCACCAUUUAGGUGCGAAGCGGAAAUGUGAACGUGUGUUGCAUUGCAAUGUGUUGUGCUAAAGUAUUUUUCCUAACCAAAACUUUCACUGCAUCUUUGCCCAUUACCGUGGCGGCAGUUUUCUUCAGAACAAAAACAAAAACUAUACAAAACAAAAAAACACACACAACCAAAAAAAAAGCAAGAUUAUUAAUAGCAUAAGCAAGCGUUUUGGCAAAGGUGUGAAGUGGUUUUUGGGUAGACCCAAAUCGCUAAUCGACAAACAGUGCUCUGUAGUGUGUUUGUUUUGCAGCAACGGUGCAAUUACGAAAUGGAUGGAUGCGGGAACGAUAACGAAGAUGAGUAAGAUAACAAUUAUAGUAGCAAUGCAUUUGAGCAAAAAAGCAUAAAAGCGGAUGAAAGGGUUGAGAAAAAGAAAAAAAAAAGGGGGAGAAACAAUAUAGUAGCAUAAUAAUACGUUAAACUCGCAGUCGAAACAAACAGGAAAAUAAAAGAUGAACAACAACAACAACAAAAAAACAUCAAAGCUACUAAACGGAACCAAACAUACAGGCGAUUGCGGGUAGAAAAGAGAAAAAAAAACUAAAAUCCACACACACGCAGCAGCAGCAGCCGCAGCAACUAGAGACAGAUAAAUGAUAACGGAGCAUACAGGCUCCUAAAUUAAUCGCGGAAACGAACGUGAACACUAAGAAAGCGAAGAAGGCGAAAAACAAAUAAAGAACUAAAAUAUAA